CCCAACAUUGGUCGCCUUGGCUUUCCUCACGGACCAUCAGGUGAGAAGGUGGCAGUCGUUGCCGUGGACGACUGCGACAUCGCCAUGGCGAUUCGCUUUGGUGGCCAGAUCGGGAACUACUCUUGUGCCGCCCAGGGUAUGCAGACAGGACAGAAGAAGUGAGUGCAGAGUCUCAUAGGGUUUAUCCAGCCACCUAUCAGGCCAACCUUAGCUUUUCAGUCAUCAUGCAACCCUGCACUACAAGUAGAAAGUUGUGACAGCAAUUGCUAUUUGGUUUUCCUUGUUACAUCUUCGUAUACAGCAGACAUAAAACCUACAUCAGUAUAAGUAUUCUUAAACGUGUUUAUUCUUACGCAAAUCCCCAUAUCUAAAUAUAUUUCUUAUUCAAAUGUAAAGCUGCCCCCUGCUUUGGACAAGUUUGUUGGCUAUUAGUAUAUCACAAGACUUCACAAUAGAGGGUAUUUUAUUAUAUGCUUGUGGUGCAUUUUUCACAACUUGUGUUGAGUGUCAGUUACGCCAGCACUGGUCACACUAAAUCAAGGUUUUAAUGCAAGGGUUAAGUAGUUGUAAGAGGCUUGACCAGCCUCUCUCUGUGCCUUUGGUUUUGUGUGUUUAUUGUGUGUGGCGGCAUAUUGUUACAAUAUGACCACAAUGUUACUAUGUUAAUUUAAUGUUCUAGUGUGGCUGUAGCAUAAUUGCACUGCAAUGUCACUCAAAUCAUGCUCAUACCGGGCCUACCGAGUGGCACAGCGGUCUAAGGCACUGCAGUGCUUGAGGUGUCACUACAGAUCCGGGUUCUAUCCCGGGCUGUGUCGCAGCCGGCCGCGACCGGGAGACCCAUGAGGCGACGCACAAUUGGUCCAGCGUCGCCUGGGUUAGUGGAGGGUUUGACCGGCUGGGAAGUCCUUGUCCCAUCGCGCUCUAGCGACUCCUGUGGCGGGCCGGGCGCAUGCACGAUGACACAGUUGCCAGUUGUACGGUGUUUCCUCCGACACAUUGGUGUGGCUGGCUUCCAGGUUAAGCAAGCAGUGUGUCAAGAAGCAGUGCGGCUUGGCAGGGUCGUGUUUCGGAGGAUGCAUGGCUCUCGACCUUCGCCUCUCCCGAGUCCGUACGGGAGUUGCAGCGAUUGGACAAGACUGUAACUACCAAUUGGAUAUCACGAAAUUGGGGAGAGAAAGGGGUAAAAAAAUUAAUUAAUACAAAUAAUAAAUAGAAAUCAUGCGCAUACCAAAUGUCCUUAACUCUCGAUCCACCCAGGUGAUAGUUGUUCUAUGUUGUCCAUCUCUAGGUCCCUGGACCUCACCGGUCCCCUACUCCUGGGUGGCGUUCCCAACCUGCCGGAGGAUUUCCCUGUCCGGAACCGAAACUUUGUGGGCUGCAUGAGAGACCUAACCAUAGACAGCAAGACUGUGGACAUGGCCAGUUUUGUGGCCAACAACGGCACGGCCGCCGGUCUGUUCUAAUACUCACAUAUGUGAUAUUAAUAUUGAUAUUUCUACAUAUUAUUUUUAUAUUUUUGUCUCUAUUGAUGCCUCUGAUUAUUAUAUGCCUGUAUUCAGGGUGCACAGCGAAGAAGGACUUCUGCACUAAAAGUGUGUGUCUGAACGGAGGAAUGUGUGUGAACAAGUGGAGUACGUACUCCUGUGACUGUCCCCUAGGCUACGGAGGGAAGAACUGUGAACAAGGUAAAGGAUUUUAGGAAAAGUGCAUGUAUUGGAUAUAUUUUGGGGAGUUCCCUGUAAGUGUGUGUGUGUGCCCUGUGAGUAUGUGUUUUACUCUGUGUCUCAUAAUUCAAAAUGUUGCAGCCACGCUCCACAAGGCUAGCGGUGAGGAAACAGACAAUUGAGGUCAAUGUGGCCAAGUUUCCUCUCAAUCUCGACAUUCCUACAUUCCACACACACACUGACCCUAACCCUGGCCCUGUUGGAAUACUUUAAUAAUGCAUCCUUCUGUCCCAGCCGGCUUGAGGUAAUCACAGAUCUCAAUUGGCUUGAUUGAUAUAAGUAAUACCUAUCCUCAAGGAAACAAGGACGGAAGAAAGGAAGGAAGGAUGCAUUUCUAAAUUAUUUACACUUGGUCCAGGGCCACACCACAUGACCACUACUACAUCUCAUUGGUGAUCUGAUUAUUACACAGAAGCAUAUGGUAAAGUGGUGCUUGUCAGUUGCAAGGCUUGUUUUUUUAUGUCUCUAGUUGAAUAGCUCAGUAUUAUGAGGUAGGAGAGUAGUUCAUGGUACAGUAUGCAUUUGUUGACAAAUUUGUGGGGCCAAUAGGGCGAUUCCGUGCUAGCGUAGCCCGAAAAUACUUUUGUUAUCUCAGAUUGUUCAGGCAGUCCAGCCCCGGACUGCGACCGCGCCAACUAAACCCAACAGGGGAGGGGCCGGGUGGGCAUUCCACCUCGGAGGCGGAUCCGGCUCCGGGCGUGACCACCACCCUCUAACUAACCCCCCGUAGCGCCCCUGGUCUGGUCCCGCUGGCUGGAGCUGGACUGGACAUCGGUGGAGCGGAUUGCUUAGGCUCCGGUGUGGAGCAGCUGACUGGUACCUGACCAGGCACCGGUGAAACAGGCACGGGCUGUGCCGGACUGACGACGCGCACCACAGCCUUGGUGCGGGGAGCAGGAAUGGGCCGGACCGGGCUGACGACGCGCACCACUGGCUUGGUGCGGGGAGCAGGAACGGGCCGGACCGGGCUGACGACACGCACCACUGGCUUGGUGCGGGGAGCAGGAACGGGCCGGACCGGGCUGGCGACGCGCACCACUGGCUUGGUGCGGGGAGCAGGAACGGGCCAGGACCGGGCUGACGACGCGCACCACAGGCUUGGUGCGGGGAGCAGGAACAGGCCGGACCGGGCUGGCGACGCGCACCACUGGCUUGGUGCGGGGAGCAGGAACAGGCCGGACCGGGCUGACGACGCGCACCACAGGCUUGGUGCGGGGAGCAGGAACAGGCUGGACUGGGCUGGCGACGCGCACCACUGGCUUGGUGCGAGGGACAGGAACAGGCCGGACCGUACUGGGAACACACACCACUGGCCUUGUGCGGGGAUCAGGAACGGACCGGACUGGUAACACACCCCAGUACCUCUCGCCGUGCCUCUACACUCUCCUUCCCUCUAAUGACCAAUGGCCCCCGUAACCUGGUGGCCUUCUCUCCUAGUCCACAAACUCGCCCUGUAGCUGCCUCCAGCAGCCCCGUCGUCCAUGCCGUGUGCCCCCCCAACAUUUUUUAUUGGGGUUGCCUCUCGCCUGUCCGACGACGGCCCGGUUGGCGCCGCUUCUCCUCUCCUGCCUGGGCAUCCUCCCUCAUCGCCCUCCGGUAGCGGACGGCCUCCUCCUCGGUGAUCUUCCCCCAACCGAGGAGGACAUCCACUAGCGUUACCUCCGGCGUUUGCUCCUGGACACACUGCUUGGUCCUUAUUUGGUGGGAUCUUCUGUCACGAUCGUCGUAAGAAGCAGACCAAGGCGCAGCGUGAUAUGCAUACAUCUUUUAAUGAGUACUUUAUAACAAUAACAAAACAACAAAACGAUACGUGAAGUCCUAAGGUUAACAAAACACAAACCUCUCCGGAACAAGAUCCCACAAAUGAAGUGCAAAACAGGCUGCCUAAGUAUGGCCCAAUCAGAGACAACAAGCCACAGCUGCCUCUGAUUGGGAACCACCCUGGCCAACAUAGAAACAAAUGAACUAGAACAUGAACAUAGAACACAAAACAUAGAAACUAACACCCUGGCUCAACAUAUAAGAGUUCCCAGAGCCAGGGCGUGACAUCUGGAGAGACCUGAACAUAGCUGUGCAGUGAUGCUCCCCAUCCAACCUGACAGAGCUUGAGAGGAUCUGCAGAGAAGAAUGGGAGAAACUCCCCAAAUACAGGUGUGCCAAGCUUGUAGCGUCAUACUCAAGAAGACUUGAGGCUGUAAUCGCUGCCAAAGGUGCUUCAACAAAGUACUAAGUAAAUGGUCUGAAUAUUGAUGCAAAUGUAAUAUUUCAGUUUUUUAUUUGUAAUAAAUUAGCAAAAUUUCAAAAAACGUGUUUUUGCUUUGUCAUUGUGGGGUGUUGUGUGUAGGCUGUGACCUAACAAAGUGUGGAAAAAGUCAAGGGGUCUGAACAUUGUAUAUCAGAAAACACUUCCCCUAGUGGCAUACCAGUUGACAAUAAGGCACAAUGUGAGCCAAUGCUUUCCAUUUUUCUAACGCAAGUCAUGUUAGCAGGAAAAGGAAAUAACAUCUCUGAUGGCUUUAUGUUUUCAGAAAGCUUAGUUUGAACUAAUUCAUAGAAGUACCUCAAAAAGGGCACAGUGGGUGUAAACGCUGUUGCAACCCAUGACCUGGCGGGGUUGUCUCCAUAUGUCUCAGGCUAUGAAAUACAGCUAAUUACUGAGUGUGCGUGUUUCCCAAUCCCACCUAAAUGUAUGUUCUUACGAGACUGUGAUACUGAUGAUUUGUGUGUAUGUACAGUAUAUAUAAUGAACAAUAGCAUGAUUGUGAAUCACACCCAUAUUAAUCCCCAUUUAAGCACACACACGCACAAGUAUUAAUCACCAUUUCCUGUAGAAGGCUCAGCUGUGAUUGUAGGGGAAGCGAUAAACAAGUACAGACUCUAUCCACAACUUUUACUUCUGAGCUCAUCCUCUUCAAGACCAAACACACAGAAUAGCUACCUGUAAGGCAAUGAUAGCCCCUGGAUAUGUUGCAAUGGCUUUGUGGUAAGGGUUUAUCCGGAUGUUUGGAACAAGGCCUAGAACGGGCUAGUCAUUCUGGCCUCUCAUGUGGUAUUAUCAAUGUCAUUUUGUGAUUAAGUAAAAUUGUACUUGCAUUCCUUUUCAUCUAUUUGGUUCUCCAACUGAAGUCUCCCUAUCUGUUUCCCUUCCUCCAGUCAUGCCAUCCCCUCAGCACUUUGACGGCCAAGCCCUGGUGUGGUGGCGCGAGCCAGAGGUAACCAUCGCCGUGCCCUGGUACAUGGGUCUGAUGUUCAGGACCAGGCAGAGCUCUGGCACCCUGCUGCAGGCCAACGCUGGAGACUUCUCCAAGAUACACAUCCUGGUUAGUGGAGCGGGGCAGUACAGUAUAUAUUUUAAUUUAACCUUUAUUUAACCAGGUAAGCCAGUUGAGAACAAGUUCUCAUUUACAACUGCGACCUGGCCAAGAUAAAGCAAAGCAGUGCGAUAAAAACAACAACGCAGAGUUACAUAUGGGGUAAAACAAAACAUAAAGUCAAAAAAUACAACAGAAAAUAUAUAUACAGUGUGUGCAAAUGUAGCAAGUUAUGGAGGUAAGGCAAUAAAUAGGCUAUAGUGCAAAAUAAUUACAAUUAGUAUUAACACUGGAAUAAUAGAUGUGCAAGAGAUUAUGUGCAAAUAGAGAUACUGGGGUGCAAAUGAGAAAAAUAAAUAACAAUAUAGGAAUGAGGUAGUUGGGUGGGCUAAUUUUAGAUGGGCUGUGGACAGCUGCAGUGAUCGGUAAGCUGCUCUGACAACUGAUGCUUAAAGUUAGUGAGGGGAGAUAAGAGUCUCCAGCUUCAGAGAUUUUUGCAAUUCGUUCCAGUCAUUGGCAGCAGAGAACUGGAAGGAAUGGCGGCCAAAGGAGGUGUUGGCUUUGGGGAUGACCAGUGAGAUAUCCCUGCUGGAGCGCAUACUACGGGUGGGUGUUGCUAUGGUGACCAGUGAGCUAAGAUAAGACAGGGAUUUGCCUAGCAGUGAUUUAUAGAUGACCUGGAGCCAGUGGGUUUGGCGACGAAUAUGUAGUGAGGGCCAGCCAACAAGAGCGUACUGGUCACAAUGGUGGGUAGUAUAUGAGGCUUUGGAGACAAAACGGAUGGCACUGUGAUAGACUACAUCCAAUUUGCUGAGUAGAAUGUUGGAGGCUAUUUUGUAAAUUAGGAGGCUUUGUUACGAAAUAGGAAGCUGAUUCUAGAUCUAACUUUGGAUUGGAGAUUCUUAAUGUGAGUCUGGAAGGAGAGUUUACAGUCUAACCAGACACCUAGGUAUUUGUAGUUGUCCACAUACUCUAGGUCAGACCGGUCGAGAGUAGUGAUUCUAGUCGGGUGGGCGGGUGCCAGCAGCGUUCGAUUGAAGAGCAUGCAUUUAGUUUUACUAGUGUUUAAGAGCAGUUGGAGGCUACUUAAGGAGUGUUGUAUGGCAUUGAAGCUCGUUUGGAGGUUUGUUAACACAGUGUCCAAUGAAGGGCCAGAUGUAUACAAAAUGGUGUCGUCUGCGUAGAGGUGGAUCUGAGAGUCACCAGCAGCAAGAGCGACAUCAUUGAUAUACACAGAGAAAAGAGUCGGCCCAUGAAUUGAACCCUGUGGCACCCCCAUAGGGCCUCCAUGUUAUCAAAGCUGGGUAAAGGCUAAGCUAAUGCUAUUAUAAGGUUAAGCUAAUAUGCUGGCAUUAAAUUACUAAACCUCAUGUUCUCUUUCUCUCUCUCUCUUUCUUUUCCCCCACUUUCUCUCCUGCCAUCCUCUCUCUUUCUCUUGGUUCUUUGCCUUCCAUCUGUUUUUUCCCUCUCUCCCUGACUCCAGAUCAGCGGCAAACAUGUGCGUUUCCAGGUGUUCCUGGGGGUGAAGCGGGUGGCCCUGCUGGACUUCCCUCAGGUCAGGGUGAACGAUGGGGAGUGGCACCACGUCCUGGUGGAGCUGAAGAGUAUCAAAGACGGAAAGGACAUCAAAUACAUGGCCCUGGUGUCACUGGACUACGGCAUGUUCCAGGUACUCGCUGACUGACUGGCAGCACUGUAUUUGUUUAUAGUUUUCUGUUCUGUACUUGUGUUUGUGAAUGCAAUGUAUGUAUUAUCUAUUGUAAUAUGAUACACAAAUACACAUGGUCUCUGUAAUAGUGUUUUAUGGGUGGGUGCCUUUCACAGAGGUCAGUGGAGAUAGGCAAUGAGCUGCCAGGCCUCAGGCUGAGGAGUCUGUUUGUGGGGGGCCUGAUGAAGAAGGAUGGGACGGUCCAGAACGGACUCAAGGGCUGCAUGCAGGUGAGCCUCACACACACACACACCAUUUGUCUAUAUUAUACUCAUUUUUGGAAAGCAAAAUCAUUCUAAGACAAUACAACACUGAUGGUCCUUCCCUCUCCUGUGUUGCCAGGGCGUGCGGAUGGGCGAGACUUCCACCAACCUGGCCAAUGUUAACAUGCGUCAGGGUCAGAAGAUCCGGGUGGAGGAGGGUUGUGAGGUGGCUAACCCCUGCACCGCUAACGCCUGCCCUGAGCACAGCCGCUGCACCGACAACUGGAGCUCAUACACCUGUGUGUGCCACCCCGGUAAGCCCCCCAGACAAGACACUUUUCACUACCAUUAAAAAAUACCUUUAGAAAGCUGCAGCAAGCACACACAUUUUCAUCAGGAAAUGUACCUAUUCAUGUUAUAAUUUUUUCCCAGGAUACUUCGGGAGUGACUGUGUGGAUGCAUGUCUCCUGAACCCCUGUCAGCAUGUGUCCACCUGCGUCCGCCAGCCCAGCUCCCCCCACGGCUACAGCUGCCAGUGUGGCCACAACUCCUAUGGGCAGUACUGCCAGAACAAGUGAGGACCAAGAGCCCUAGAAACUGAUCUAACUAGUUUUUAGUUUGGGGCUUUUUUAGUUUCCGUUUAUUAACUCACCGUGAGUUGGUGCUGAUGUUUGUGCCACGUUCUUGAAACGAUCACAUUGUUUCCAAACUUAACCCAGUAACCCCACUUAAUUCCUACUGUACCACUCAGCACCUUCCAUCAACAUCUGCAGUAAUCUGGUUUUGUAAGUUGUUGCCCCUUGGCUUUGGGAUUGGUUGGUGUCAAACAGCUUUAUAGUAGUUUUGGCAUUGGCUUAGCAUUUCAAGUCCCUUAUGAUUUGCUCACGGUUUCCAUUCAUGCAUCCUUGCUUGCUAUGAUAAACUAGGUUCUAUGUGGAUUAACACCUUGUUCUGUUGUUCUCCAGAGCCAACCUACCCUGUGCUCGCGGCUGGUGGGGGAACUCUAUCUGUGGCCCAUGUAACUGUGAUGUCAGCAAAGGGUUCUACCGAGACUGCAACAAGACCACUGGGGAGUGUCGCUGUAAGGUACUGAAAAGUAUUUACCAUACUUAGUCCUUUCUGUCGAAGUUCAAUGUGGGCUAGCUAUCCCCAUUCCCUCCUGUGUUCUAUGCUCAGUUUAUGCUCUCUCCUGCCCUCAGGAUAACUACUACCGGCCCGGGGGAAGGGACACCUGCUACCCUUGUGAGUGUUUCCAGCUUGGCGCGAUGUCCCGCUCCUGCCACCCCCACACGGGCCAGUGCCAGUGCAGGACAGGCGUGAUCGGGCGCCAGUGCAAUCGUUGUGACAACCCCUUUGCUGAGGUCACCUCCAGCGGGUGCAUGGGUAAGGCAAUCUAUGACCUGUAAGCUCUCAUAGCAUCUUACUAACUCAUUCAAUUUCUGAUCUAAGAUAGUUUAUUCUUGGUUGUUCUCAUCACUGCACUAGUUGUGUAUGAGGGCUGUCCCAAAGCCUUUGAUGCAGGGAUCUGGUGGCCAACGACCCAGUUUGGACAACCUGCUGCCAUGAAGUGUCCCAAAGGAUCCACUGGUAAGCACAACAACCCUUUUUAGAAGGUGAAAAUGUAUUGGAAAUACAUACAUUUUACUGGAAUUUUACCAGACUUUAUAAUGUUUAUGCUGUGGUUGUUGUUGUUGAUUUCCCCACUGUGACAGCUAAGAGGCAAUAGAGUUCAACAGAGAAUCUUCACGAUCAGUUUACUCCUGUGUCGAGUGAUUUUGUAGGAGUCAAGCGCAGGAGGGUAAAUCACAGAAUAAAAGGGUUUAUUCCGAAAACACAGUGGUAUGCAGCAAUGCGUCAAACACUCCAGUGUGUAAUCAGGUGCACUGGGAAACAACAUGGCACACGGGUGAAAUAUCCAGGCGAAAACAAAAUACAAGGAGCUCCACCGAGCUAAACUAACCUCCACAAUAAACAAUCACACACAAAGACAAGGGGGCAGAGGGAACACUUAUACAGGUACUAAUGAGGGGAUAUGAACCAGGUGUGUGUAAUAAACAAGACAAAACAAAUGGAGUGAUGAGAUGAGGAGCGGCAGGGGCUAGAAGGCCGGUGACGACGAACGCCGGAGCCUGCCCGAACAAGUCGAGGAGGCAGCUUCGGAGGAAGUCGUGACAACUCCUCUUCCUUACCCUUCUCUCCUCCGUUCUUUUUCCUCCCCUCGAUCCCUGUUUUACCCUCGCUCCUCCCCAUUAGGCACGGCCAUCCGCCACUGCAGCGACGAGAACGGCUGGCUGCCUCCCGAUCUCUUCAACUGCACCUCUCUCGCCUUCUCUCAGCUGAAAAAAGAGGUAUGCUUUGAUUUAACCAAGAUUAAAACCCUCCUUUACCAUUGAGACACCUGUCUGAUCUCUCCCUGACCUCUGACCUUCAGGAUGAGGAGCUGCACCUCAAUAGCUCCAGGAUGGAUGGAGAGAGGUCAAAGGGGAUGGCCAGCAUGCUGAGGAGUGCCACCAACCGCACAGCGGCCCUCCAGGGCAACGACGUGAAGACGGCCUACAGCCUCCUGACCCGCCUGCUGCAGUACGAGAGCCAGCAGCUGGGCUUCGACAUGGCCGCCACAAGAGACAUCCACUUCCAUGAGGUGGGUCGCUGGAAAAAUGCUUCAACUAGUGUUGAAUGCUAAGUGCCAUGUGUUGCACUUCCUCAGCUCUCAAAAUGAUGUUGAAGGUGAAAUAAGAAGAUAGACAGGAUAGCAAUUCUUUGGCCUCAGCAACCCAACUCUUUUCGAUGACAUCAGGAACUCAUAUGAACUCAUAGAAAUAUACCCUCAAAUACCCUCAAGUUCUCUAUCAUACAUCCACCCUAAUUUUCUCUCACAGCACAGUUUCAGAGACUCUCUCAGAGUUGAAAGAAUGACCCACAUUGUUCAGUAACAUAGCUCAACUGCUUAAGGAUCCUGCUAGCUUUAAGUAACUAAUAGUUUCCCCAAAUCCUGCUUAUAGCUGGUACAGGUUUCCUAAGAGCCUGUUUUCCCAGUUGGAUAUUUCUCUCCCUAUAGGGAAUAUGAUCCGGAGUCUAUUAUGUAUAAGUAAUACAGUGCAAUGAUUAGCAUGUUCUCUAUUAACUUUAUUAAGGCCAUGACCAUGCUGGGCGCUAAUGGCUAACUGUGUGCAUUCUUGGCACCAACCCCAUGGCAUUAGUGUGUGUUAGAUACCAGAAGGUGCAGCUGGAAGGGUUUAGGGGGUCAAGGACCAAUCAGAGUGGAGUUUUCUGAGUGAUUGGACCAAUGGGUGACUUGGGAGUAGUAGUUCCCCAGGGGUGGCUGGGCGUGGGGCCAGAUUGCACAGGUGAUGUUAAGAGAUAAUGUCUGUACAGUGACCCCCCUUCCUUUAUAGGGCAGCUCGCCUUUCCUUCUUUUGUUUUCUUUCCUUCUUUCUCUCUGUUCUGUUGGCAUUGAUUUCACAUGCUUAAUUUGGGCUAUAUGAUACAGAUUAUGGAUUCUGUUUGUCACUGAUGUAUGCUGGAAUGAUACCAUACUAAUCGGUAUGGCACGGUAUGGCAUUGGUGAAUACAGAGUAUUGCAUAGUAUAUAAUGAUGUAGGUGUAUGACUAAUAUGUGUAAAUAUUCUAGAACAUCGUCCGAGCGGGCAGUGCCAUCCUGGACCCUGCUAACAGGGGGCACUGGGAGCAGAUCCAGCGUUUCGAAGAUGGCACGGCCCUACUUCUGCAUAGCUUUGAGGAGUACGCCCAAACACUGGCACAAAACAUGAGGAAGACCUACCUGAAACCCUUCACUGUUGUCACAGAAAACAUGAGUGAGUCCACCUGCAGUGCAAUGACACAAUUAUUUCAUUGCAGUAACCUGAUUUGCAUGACUAAUUAAUGCAAAGUAAUGUUACAUUGUGCAUAUAAAAGACAACCUACUGUACCACUCUUGUGUGUGACAAGCAUAAUUAACAACCAUUCUCCUUCUCUCUCUGUGCUCCCAGUUGUUUCUGUGGAUUACUUGGACCCGUCCAAUCCAGAAUGGACAAACAUCCCGCGUUUCCAAGAGAUCCAGGCCUAUCCCAAAGAGAUGGAAUCCUCCGUCCGCUUCCCAGAGUUCCCAACACAGCAAGAGCAGCCAGAGGAGGUUAAAGGUAGGCUUAAAGGAGUGGAUACGGCAUGGACAUUGUGUGGUUCAUUAUGGAGCCUUCAUAACGUAAAUAGUCCUUGAGUGAAGUCUGAGCUGUUGUACUGUGUAGUGGCUUCCUUUCCUCUUUACCAUAGCCACUGCCCUAGCCUGAAGCGGGGUUGUUUCGGACGCAUACAGUCCACACUCAACGUUUCCAAACGGCCAAACAUUCAAUGAGAUCCAGGGAUAUAGUGCAACAGAAAAUGUUUGUUCUUCUUAUCUAACAAAAGGGUAUUCUCCAAUCAACUUAAAGCAGAGAUUACUUGAAAUGCAAAUACAUAAUAUAAUAUGACCUGUCUGUCUGUAUUUCUGUAUGUCUAUAUGUCUAUAUGGUCAAAAAACUAUACCGCUCCCGCAUCUAGCAAGGACUCCUCCCCCCGAAGGCCCAACUUCCUGCCUUUAUACUAACACAAUUAACACAGUACAAUGAAUGGGCAAGAGGGGGGGCCAAAAACUGAGUUACACUAAUAACAAAUGAAUAUAUCUCAAUCCGGUAAAUAAAUCAUAAAGGUACGUACCUAAUAUUUCAUCAUAUACAUUAAUAUUUAAUAUAUUUACACAAAUGUACAUGGAGCUCAGUAUGUUCAGUCUUUUAUACAAAAUAUGCCCAAAUCGGCUCUAACAUACUGCGUAAACAGUUUGUCAAGUUCUUCAACCAGUCUGGUAGUGUUUUUAUGUGUGUGUGAUUGAUUGAUUUCAUUAAUUUAUUAAUGUAUUGUCAUGAUAUCGUUUUCAAUCAUUACAGCAGUCUCCAUAGCACCAACCACAGACGCAACAGCCACAGAUGACCCCAUAGCAACAGCCACAGACGACCCCAUAGCAACAGCCACAGACGCCUCUCCUGUCCAGAGUCCAGAGUCCACUGAAUCCUCCACUGUCGGUCACCAGGCGUCUGCCAAGAAGAAGCGUCACGCUGAGGUCCCAGGCCCUCUCCCUGUUGCUGUGGUGAUCAUCUAUAGGACCCUGGGACAGCUCCUGCCUGAAAACUACGACCUUGAUCGUAGGAGCCUGAGGUACUUUUUACAUUUCCUCCUCACUCUUACUACAUAAAACAAGUUGGUUGUCUUUAACAUAUGCUGUCUAAUGUAUAAUUCAAAGAUCUUACACAGUGCCAUGUAUACAAUAUGUGAUGUGCUUCGCCGUACACAUAACAUAUAAACACCAAUUGAAUAAUUGCCAGUAGUAAAUUUAUGCACAGGUUGUAUGUCCAAAUAUUUUGGUCUAAUAUUUCAACUGUUCUCUCUGGGUCUUACAAGAUCUUGACAGUUCCCUUGUAUAGAAUGUGUGUGCAUUUAUGCGGUUGUGUGUCUACAAGGAGGUUCAAUUAUAUCAUGCUGUUAGUGCUGUUAGUACUGUAUGUCCUUUGUUUUGGACUAGUUUUUAUUGUGAAAUGUGUUUUUAUGCUGUUGUCCUGCCUCACUGUUGUAGCUAGGCCCUUAUGGUAAGUCACUCUCAAUAAGAAUGUAUUUUGGAUGACUACAGUCAAUGUAAACACACGUGUCAUCUGUGUAUGUGAAUGUGUGUUUAGACUCCCCAACCGGCCCAUCAUCAACACCCCAAUUGUGAGCAUGGUGGUUUACAGUGAGAGGGUGCCCUUGACCAUUCCUCUUGCACAACCCAUCACACUGGAAUACAGACUCCUGGAGACAGAGGAGAGGACCAAACCUGUCUGUGUCUACUGGAAUCAUUCCAUCGCGUAAGGAUGAGUAUACCUAUCAAUACUCUUAUUCAUAUCAUAGGUUUAGAAUGGAGUUUAGCUAGAUUCUGUUGAAAAGGAAAUAAAUCAUACCCAACGAUCUCUAUUUUGGGUCCAGGGUUCAUGGAACUGGAGGCUGGUCUGCCAAGGGGUGUGAGCUUGUGUUCAGGAACAGCACUCACAUCAGCUGCCAGUGCAGUCACAUGUCCAGCUCUGCUGUGCUCAUGGACAUCUCCAAGAGAGAGGUACCGCCCUGAGCCCUCUACCACACACACUAGGGCAGCUUUUAUAUUGUUAUUUUAUUACUUUGAAUAUUUGAUCUUACCUCUGGUCUGUGUUUACAUCCUCAGCAUGGGGAGGUCCUGCCCCUGAAGAUCAUCACCUACACCACUGUGUCAGCCUCGCUAAUGGCACUUCUCAUCACCUUCCUCCUGCUGGCCAUCCUCCGGAAGCUCCGCUCCAACCUCCACAGCAUCCACAAAAACCUGGUGGUGUCCAUCUUCCUCUCCGAGCUUGUCUUCCUCUUCGGAAUCAACCAGACUGAGAAUGUGGUGAGGGCCUAGCACACGACCCUGAGGCGCACCCCAAAAACACUAUAUUUUGUCUUAUUGCUUUAUUAUAGACUCUCUGAUAUACCUGCAGGCUAAAACGUAUUAAAAGUCUCUACUGUAAUACAUGGGUUUACAGCAUUGUGUGGAGGGGAACUUAAUUUGUCGAAAAAUGGAGGGAUUUCCAAGAGGAAGGCUACAGAGCUAGCCUUAUGGCUCCUCCCCCCUCCACAACUUUGAAAUGCAUUUGUCUUUUAUGGUAGUGAGUAGUGACUGUAUUGGCUGUGCCUGAGCAUCUUAGUGGCUUUAUCUUGGAUAAUAAUAGUUCUGUUUCUGUCUGGCAAUGUGUGGAAUUGGCCUUAGCGAUUGCAUUGUGUUCUGUUGUUAUAGAUUAGAAGUUACUGAACCAGACUUACUUCACAGACAGCCCAACUGACAAUUAGCACAGUUAUCUUUUAAAACGGGGGCUUUAAUCAUCUUUCCCAACCUCUCUGUCCCUCAGUUCAUGUGUACAGUGGUAGCCAUCCUGCUGCACUACUCCUACAUGUGUACAUUUGCCUGGAUGUUUGUGGAGGGACUUCACAUCUACCGCAUGCUGACUGAGGUCCGCAACAUCAACCAUGGCCACAUGAGAUUCUACUAUGCCAUUGGCUGGGGCAUUCCUGCCAUUAUCACCAGUGAGUGAGACACAUACACACACUCUCUCUCUCAAACACACUCCCCCCCCCCCCCCCCCCUCGCCCAACAACACACACACAGACAUACAUGCAUGCAAACAAAUACAUUCCCGCUCAUUUAUGCACACAAAGACAGAGAGGGACACAGAUGCAUGGAAACAACAUACAGAAAGUAAUCACACCCCUUGACUUUUUCCACAUUUUGUUGUGUUACAGCCUGAAUUAAACAUUGAUUAAAUUGAGAUUUUGUGUCACUGGCCUACACACAAUACCCCAUAAUGAACGGACAUUGAAUAUCCCAUUGAGCAUGGUGAAGUUAUUAAUUGCCCUAUCAAUACACCCAGUCACUACAAAGAUACAGGCAUCCUUCCUAACUCAGUUGCUGGAGAGGACGUAAACCGCUCAGGGAUUUCACCAUGAGGCCAAUGGUGACUUUAAAACAGUUACAGUUUAAUGGCUGUGAUAGGAGAAAACUGAGGAUGGAUCAACAACAUUGUAGUUACUCUACAAUACUAACUAACCUAAAUGACAGAGUGAAAAGAAGGGAGCCUCUACAGAAUAAAAAAUAUUCCAAAACAUGCAUCCUGUUUGCAAUAAGGUACUAAAGUAAAACUGCAAAAAAUGUGGCAAAGAAAUCAUCUCUUUGUCCUGAAUACAAAGUGUUUGAGGCAAAUCCAACACAACACAUCGCUGAGUACCACUACAUAUUUUCAAGCAUGGUGGUGGCUGCAUCAUGUUAUGGGAAUGCUUGUCAUCGGCAAGGACUAGGGAGUUUUUUAGGAUAAAAAUUAACGGAAUAGAGCUAAGCACAUGCAAAAUCCUAUAGGAAAACCUGGUUCAGUCUGCUUUCCAACAUACACUGGGAGACACCUUUCAGCAGACACCUUGCAGCAGGACCAUUACCUAAAACAGGCCAAAUAUACACUGGAGUUACUUACCAAGACGACAUUGAAUGUUCCUGAGUUGUCUAGUUACAGUUUUGACUUAAAUCGGCUUGAAAAUCUAUGGCAAGACUUGAAAAUGGCUGUCUAGCAAUAAUCAACAACCAACUUGACAGAACUUUAAGAAUUGUUUAAAGAAUAAUGUGCAAAUAUUGUACAAUCCAGGUGUGGAAAUCUCUUAGAGACUUACCCAGAAAGACUCACAGCUGUAAUCCCUGCCAAAGGUGAUUCUAACAUGUAUUGACUCGGGGGGGUGAAUACUUAUGUAAAUAAGAUAUAUUUGUAUUUUAUUUUCAAUAAAUCAGCAAAGAUUUAUGAAAAUAUGUUUUCACCGUCAUUGUGGGGUAUUGUGUGUAGAUUUAAGAAAAAAUAAGUCAAGGGGUAUGAAUACUUUCUGAAGGCACUGUACUCUGCAAGCCAGGGUUGGUGUCAAUUCCAUAAAAAUUCCAGUCAAUUCAGAAACUAAAACAAAUUCGAAUUCCAAAUUCUCCUCAUUGAAAGCAUUGAAGAGAAUUGGAAUUUCAGUGUACUUCCUGAAUUAACAGGAAUUCAAAUGGAAUUGACUAACUGUGUAUGUUUUCCUCUCUUGUAGGCCUGGCAGUAGGGUUGGAUCCUCAGGGUUAUGGUAACCCAGACUUCUGUUGGCUUUCUGUCCACGACACACUCAUCUGGAGUAUCGCUGGGCCCAUCGCUAUAGUAGUUCUAGUGAGUGUAGGCACUCUUUAUUUGUUGUACUAUACUGUAUUGGUUAUGGCUCGUGGAUUCUGUUAUUCAUCUCCAUCUCAUGUAUCUCCCUUAGGUCAACAUUACUUUAUUCUUCCUGGCAGCCAAGGCCUCGUGCGGAAAGAGACAGUGGACAUUUGAGAUGUCUGGAGCAAUGUGAGUACUUCGAAACAGGAUAGGGUUAGAAAACAGUUUGCACAUAGCAUAACAUGUUGGCUGGAUUCCAUUCAAAAAUAACAACCUCUCCUCUUCAGCUCUUCUCUACGCAUAGCCUUCCUCCUCCUGUUACUCAUCAGUGCUACCUGGCUGCUGGGCCUCAUGGCAGUCAAUAGUGAUUUACUCUCCUUCCACUACCUCUUUGCCAUCUUCAGCUGCCUCCAGGUAUUUGUGUUUUUGUCUUGUCACAAAAAGUACUUCAAAACCCCUGAGAUGUCUCAAAUACAUCGGCUCUAUUUAUCUGAUUUGCAAUUCUCUCUCGCUCUCUCGUUUUGUCGCUCUCUCUCUCUCUCUCCCUCUCUCUCUCUCAGGGUGUGUGCAUCUUCUUCUUCCACUGUAUUUUCAAUAAGGAAGUGAGGAUCAACCUGAAGAACGUCCUCACAGGGAAGAAGUCCAUAGUGGAAGAUUCUACUGCCACCCGCACCACUUUACUCACAGUAUGUAAACAUAAGUCAAUAUCUAAGUGUACUAAACCUGUGUACAUUAAAAUCCCCUAGAGUCGAUGUCCACACCACCGCAAUACUCUAAUUAGCAUAAUACAAAUGUCCCAUCAAAAUCUGUCUGUUUUUUGCACGGGCUGUGUCUCAAUCCACCGCAUCCACCGAUGUCGGCCUCCCACAUCCGCGGUGGAAGGUGGCAGAGCUACAGCGGUGUUUGUCAGACCAGGAGACAUCCAGAAAAUCAGUCUUCUCACGAAAACGUAUGUAGCAUCCAAAUGGUUUGGCCUACAAACUAAUACGACCCCUCUAUGGAAAGAUGAGACUCUCACGAACACGAUUGUGUUCUCCGUACUGCCGAUCUGCCAACUUCUGUCUGUAGCAUCCGAAUAGUUUGGUCUACACACUAAUAUAAUACCCCACCAUCGAAAGGUGAGACUCCCACGAACACGGACAUGUCAGUUGUUUUGCUCUAGGAAGCCCACAAGCCUCACAAGACUCGUCUGAAGGUAGCCCGGUAUCAGUUUGAAAAAUGAAUGACAGUACUGAGUGUACAAAACAUUAAGAACACCUGCUCUUUCCAUGACAUAGACUGACCAGGUGAAUCCAGUUCGAAGCUAUGGUCCCUUAUUGAUGUCACUUUCAAUUCAAUCAGUGGAGAUGAAGGGUAGGAGACACGUAAAGAAGGAUUUUUAAGCCUUGAGACAAUUGAGACAUGGAUUGUAUAUGUGUGCCAUUUAGAGGGUGAAUGGGCUAGACAAAAGAUUUACGUGCCUUUGAACGGGGUAUGGUAGUAGGUGCCAGGCGCACCGGUUUGUUUCAAGAACUGCAACACUGCUGUCUUUUUCACACUCAACAACAGUUUCCCGUGUGUAUCAAGAAUGGUCCACCACAUCCAGCCAACUUCACAGAACUGUGGGAAGCAUUGGAGUCAACAUGGGCCAGCAUCCCUGUGGAACGCUUUCGACACCUUGUAUAGUCCUUCCCCCAAUUAAUUCAGGCUGUUCUAAGGGCAACAGUUCAUACCUACAGGGGUCCUAAAAUUCUAAAUCAAAUAGCUAAAUGAUCUUUGGUAUGACCUUCUUAAAACAAUUCCAUAUGUUAGCUUAGUAGAAACCCAGCCCCGGGCCCUUUGACCUUACAGGGAUAGAUAUUAGAUAUUAAUCCAAAAGGGGAUCACAUAAACCUUAUCUGAUGCUGCUGAUGGUGACGAUUCAAUCCACAUUCUACCUCUUUGUUGCCCCCAGCGUUCUUUAAACGGUAAGUACUCGUUCACGGAGGAGGACGGUCUGUACCGCACGGCCAUUGGAGAGUCCACUGCCUCCCUGGACAGCACGGUCAGAUCAGCCCACAGCCUCAGCAGCAGCCAGGCCAGGUAACUCACUGGGUGGCAGUUGGGUUGUACUGAAACUGGGUUUUAAUUAGGCUUGCAAAGCUCCAGUAACCUUCCCAAAAUUCCCAGCUUUCUAAGAAAGCCCUGUUGAAGGAUUCUUGAUUUCCUGCUUAUUCCCCCCUGAUUCCAGGAAUAUUCCAACCGGUAUUUUGGGAAAACCUGGGAAUUUUGGGAAGUUUACUGGAAUGUUGCAACCUUAGUUCUACUGGAACAGAAUUGUCAUUCAUAUUCAAAUGAUUAUUUAUAUACUCAUCAUGUUUCUUUCUUCGUACAGGAAUGACUCAGGGCAAAAGCACACUACAUCCUCCCGCUCAGCCAAAAAUAGUUACCGUGGAGAGGGAGACUCCUCCAUCUUCAUCCGCAAGCGUUCCAAGAAAGAUAGUAUGAGUCUUAUGCACAAACCGCAUGCAAACUGCAUGUAAUUUGUUUUAGUCUAAUCUCAAUACUUGACAUGCCAUUGGCUGCUUGGGCCUAGACUUCAGAUGUCCAAUAGUAAGUAAUAGCCCCUGUGUUUCCAUGGUGACAGAUUCGGAUUCGGACAGCGAGCUCUCGGUGGAUGAGCACAGUAGCUCCUACGCCUCGUCCCACUCCUCAGACAGUGAUGAUGACAGAGGGAGCCGCAAGCAUAGGUGGAACAACAAGAGACAGCCCCAGCACAGCACACCCAAUGGUAAUGGGACUCACGUUCAAACACACACACACACAUACGCAUAUGGAUUUCAAUAGAACUAUAUGACAUAAAAUCUAUCAUUCAUUUUUGGGCGAAUCUCAUAUAAACUGUUUAUUUUUCUACUUUUGUAGUGGAUACGGUGGCCAAUCACAUGAAGCCUUACUGGCCAGUUGAGCCACCGACAGUCAGUGAGAGUGAGGAGCCCUGCGGGUUGGAGACGCUACGUAUGGAGACCAAGGUCAACGUGAAGCUCCACCAGGACAAAAAAGUCAAUGGGCAGUCCCCCUACCAGAACGGUAGUGCCCCUCCCAGCUCACCUGACAGCAACCAGACAGAGAAGAGAAGGGGUGAGAAAGAGAGACAGACUCCAAUCUGACCAUUCAGGCCCUUUAUAAUUAACGUUGGUCAGGAAUGUCCCAAAUCAAAUGAAAUGUGUGAUUGAAUCAACAUGUCAACAUUCUGCGUCAUGUUUUGCUAUCCAAAUAAGUUGUGUGUGUCUCUGUUUGUGUUUGCUUGCAUGACUGACUGUGGUUUGCACAUUCACCCUCUGUGUGUUUGCAUCCUCUGUCAGGCAUUCUGAAAAACAAGAUCACCUACCGUCCUCCGCUGACUGACAAGAAUAUGAAGAAUCGCCUGCGGGAAAAAUUGAGCGACUACAACCCCCCCACCAUCUCCCCCAGAACUACCCCAGUCCCUGUCCCCCCAUCUCCCGUCGCCCCCCGUCUCUGCACUGUAACCGUGGGAAACGGGGUCCUUAUCAAAACCCCACCUCGCCCACCCGUGCCUCCACGUCCUCCGUUGUCUCCACGGGACCUGCGCAACGGGGUUGUCAUGACAACGUCGAGGACGACGAUGUCGCCAUUGGUCAAUGGUGUCAACGGGGUUCAACACGCCCAAGACUCGGACUCA